CACACCAGCUCCCAACGCUCUCCUUUAAUCCAACGGUCAACAACCAAGAAACUGCGCGUCUCGUCUACCCUUCAAUGGUCACACACAUUUGGUCAGCUUUUCAUUCAUCAUCCGAUUUUCAUUCUCACCUAAUCCCUGUACGUACCAUCUUCAUUCUUCACCCACAUUCGUCCUCAGCGCACUUUUUUCAUUGUCUAUUUAACAUUCACACACACGCACGCGCACGCGCUCAGAAGCAGAUCAUCUUAAAUAGGUUUUGCGAAAGGCAACUUUGGAAGAGAGAAGUGAUUGAUCAUGGCGAAAAGUGAAGUUAAGCUUCUGGGUGCAUGGCCAAGCCCAUAUGUGAUGAGGGCUCAGAUUGCUCUUAACCUCAAAGCUGUUGAGUAUGAGUUUCUUGAAGAGACGUUUGGGUCUAAGAGCCAGCUUCUUCUCCAAUCCAAUCCUGUCUACAAGAAAAUCCCGGUUCUCAUCCAUGCUGACAAGCCCAUCUGCGAGUCCCUCGUCAUUGUUCAGUACAUUGACGACGUCUGGACCUCCGGUCCCUCCAUCCUCCCUUCUGAUCCUUAUGAUCGUGCGAUUCACCGAUUUUGGGCUGCCUACGUCGACGAAAAGUUCUUUCCGACAAUGAGAGGCAUUGCGGCUGCCCAAGGAGAGGAGGCCAGGAAGGCGUUGGUGGAGCAAGUGGGUGAAGGGCUUGCGCUGUUGGAGGAAGCCUUUGACAAGUGUAGCAAAGGGAAGGCUUUCUUUGGUGGAGAUCGAAUUGGGUUCCUGGAUAUUGCUUUCGGGUGCUUCUUGGGGUGGCUGAGGGCGACAGAGAAGAUGAAUGGGGUGAAGCUGCUCGACGAAGCGAAGACUCCUGGGCUGGUGAAAUGGGCUGACAGGUUUUGUGCUGAUGGUGCUGUUAAAGGUGUUAUGCCGGAGACCGAGAAGCUUAUGGAGUUUGCUAAGGUUCUCAUGGCCAAAAUGAGAGGAGCUCCUCCUAAGUAAUAUGUUUGUUUAUGUGAACAACUUAGUUGCGUGUUGAUCACAGAAGUAGUUGAUGCCCUUUGCGUCGUUCCUUUUGCUAGGAGUGGCCUUCUUGUUUGUUGUGACUCAAAAACUUGGUGAAGAAUAAAUUUGGCAUCCUUAUCAUGUUUUGGCA